GCUGAGCCCGCCCCGGCGGCACCGCCAGAGCCGGAGAUGGCCGCGGACUCCACGAUCCCCAUCUGGCAGAACAAACCCCAUGGCUCAGCACGCAGCGUUGUCAGGAGGAUUGGGUCAAACCUCCCUUUAAAACCCUGUCCCAGAGCAACCUUUGAGGUUCUACCAAAUGUUUCAGAGCUCUAUUUAAAUGACGUCCCUCCUGUCCCCACCUUGGCGGACAUUGUGUGGAUAGCAGCGGAUGAUGAAGAAACGUACGCCAGAGUCAGAAGCGACACUCGCCCGCUGAAGCACAAGUGGAAGCCGAGCCCCUUCACCGUUAUACAGCGAAAUGCUUCAGUCCCCAACCUGAGGAAGCAGGAGGAGAAGCUGCUCGCCUUGAAGAAACCUGGUUUACCAGCGCUGAGCCGAACAACAGAGCUCCAGGAUGAGCUGAGUCACCUUCGGAGUCAGAUAGCUAAAAUAGUCGCUGCAGAGUCAGCUUCUGCUUCAUUAACACCAGAUUUAUUAUCUCCAGGAAGUUCAAAUGCAUCUUCUCCUUUACCUUGUUUUGGACCCUCUUUCCAAUCCACAACUUCCUUUGUCAUUAGCGAUAUCACAGAGGAGGAGGCAGAACUCGAAAGCCCCGAGCUCCCAUCAGUCUCCCUGCUUUGUUCUGCAACCUCUGAGUGUUGUAAACCAGAACCAAAGGAUCCUGAGGAGGAAGAUUCUGUGUCUCUCUCAAAGGCCAGCAGCUUUGCUGAUAUGAUGGGCAUUCUUAAAGACAUUCAUAGGAUGAAGCAGAGCAAAGACCUAACCCGAACUUCAAUGAAGGAGGAAGACCCGGCUGUUCUUAUAGCAGAAGUUCUGAGAAGAAAAUUUGCCCUAAAGGAUGAAGAUCUGGCCCUGAAGGAGAAAUGAUGCUACUGUCAUUAAACUGGCCAGACUGAGACCAUCAACCUGCGGCUGUACGUCCCUGCCUGUGAGAGAACUACGAGUCCAACGUUAGGCUUACAGUCCAGACUAACCCAGCACUGUUACCAUUCCUCCGCUUUGUCACAAGUCUUCCUCGCAUGAAACCUGGGGAAGUUUGGCACUGUAGAGGGGGCUGGCACAACCGCAGUCCUGAAAUAAGUGGAGCCUUGUACUUCCUCGAGGCAGCUAAGGUGAAGUAGGUGAUGUGGUUCCUGAGCUGAGCCUAGAAAAACCCUUAAAUCGCAACUUCCAGGCUCCUAAGAAAUGCAGCUGCGUUAGCAGCAGGCUCUUUCAGGCUGAACAGCAGCAUGCUAGGUAAGCAGGCGGCACGAAAGCCAGGCCUUAGUCACACAGGCUGUAAUCAUGAUUGAAGCAAACACACUCCUUCAACAUUUUAUUUUUAUUAAAGCAAAAUAUCGGAGAACAAAGAGGCCCUGCCUGUUGCAUGGGUCUACUGCACAUGCUGGCUAGACCGUGCUUACAGAAACAAUGGGUGCACCUCCCUAAUUCUGACUGCUGUCU